AUGGGUCGUGAGCACAUGCAGGCUCGCCUCAAGGAGCUUGAGACAGAGAUGUCUGUCCUCAACUGGGCCCUUGAUGCUAGUCUUCACGAGAAAGACGUCGACUCCGACGAUGAGCACAGCAACCCCGGCUCCGCGUCUACUUUCACCAUGGCGAACUGCCCAGACUCAGACGCUGGAGGCUUUGCCAUCCCGGCUCAAGGUCAUCAGGCUGGGUUUAUCGCUGGUUCUAUCGCUGAGACUGAGUCCUCUCCCUCAUUGCGAAGCACCAAGGAAUCUGUCUACUCGAACGCCUCUACUAUGGCUGGUAUUCAGUUCUCCCCCACAAUGGAUCGAAUCCACCAGGUUAUUCAUUCGGACCCUACUGGAGCAUCUUACCGCUACGAUGGUACUGGCCUGUCUGAAGACGGCCGCGAAGAUGAGGAGACUAUCCGAGGCUCAGACACUGGUAAGGGCAAAGAAAAGGAGGUUUUGGAGAACACCAAUGCAACUGACCCCAACUUCCCUCCUAACAUCACCAACCCUCACCCGACUCUAUCCAUUUCGACCAACUUCCUUCAGAAGGCUAUCUUCGACAGCCGCAAGCCCGGAACUCCCUUUGUCCGUUCCAUUCUCCACCGCGAACGUCUUGACGGCAAGGAAACCGCCUUCAAAUGGCCCGAGAGCGUUUUCUCUUGUGAAUACACCGAGUGGAAGUGGGUUCCCUUUCUUGUCUUUGGCGCCGCAGCUCAGCUUGUCUCAACCAAUAUUGCCGAGGGCGACAUUGAAAUCAUCUGCAUGAAAGACACUCAUUUCACCAGCAUGAUUCAGAACAACAAGAAAAUGUUCGAGGAGCCCGGAAAUCUUACUGCUAAGUCCGUUCUUCACGAUGAGCUCAAGCCUGUCUUCAAGGACCCGGAGGCCUUGGGCUUCCGGGUCUUGGUCUGGCGUCUUCACACUUCCAAGAAGACCUUCUACAUGGAUCGUGAAGGUCAUCCUAUCCCUGGCCCGGCUGGUACUCUGCCUUGGGAUGAGGUUGAAGCCAAGAACUAAAGGUGAUUGUGAGAUGGGUGUAUA